AUGGGGCAUCGCCGAGGCAAGCUGGUGGCAUCUACCGACCCCAACUAUAAGUCCAGGAUCCAGGAUGCACCCGUAGAUGUCACCAUCUGCAAGAGUACACAAGGUUCUUGUAAUACUAAUUUCAUUGUACAGGUCGCGCAGCAGAGUCUUAAAGACCAUAGCAGGGGAAGCUGUCGAGGAUUGGCCAUUCAGCUCUUGCGCAUUGAGAAAGACAUCAAAACGAAGGUAUUUGACGGCUCGCUAUCAUUAUACGGGCGCAAGGACGACCUCAUCACUAUCGCGGGCGCUCUUUCGCUACCCAGAGAUGGGACAAUGAUUGAAUUGACUGCAUGA